CCCUGUCUGCCACACUGAGCUCCGCCCCUCCUCUCCUUGUCCAUCCUCCACGUCGUUGGUCUUAUAAAAAGCAGUCUCACCACUGUCCUGCUGCUCCUUCUCUUAUUUUGUCUUUCUGCGAAGGAUCUGCGAUGACCCUGGACGGUGACGUGUGCGUGGUGACGGGAGCGUGUGGCUUUCUAGGCAAGACGCUGAUCAGGAUGCUCUUGGAGCAGGAGAAAAAACUCACCGAGAUACGGCUCCUUGACAUCAACGUCAAACAGGAGCUGCUGCAAAGUCUGGAAGAAAGUGGAAGCGACGUCAAGCUGAGCGCAUUUGAAGGCGACAUAAGAGAUGCCGAAUUUGUGAGGAAAGCUUGUCGGGGAGCCACGCUGGUCUUCCACAUCGCCGCAAUCAUCGACGUCAUCGAGGCCAUCGAGCCCAGCGAGAUAUAUGGCAUUAAUGUCAAAGGGACCCAGAACCUGCUGGAGGCCUGCGUUCAGGAGAACGUGGCCUCCUUCAUCUACACCAGCACGGUGGAGGUGAUGGGCCCCAACAUGGAAGGGGAGCCGGUGGUGAACGGUCACGAGGACAUGGUCUACCGCAGCUCCCUCAAAACCACAUACAGCAAGACCAAGAAGGAGGCCGAGGACCUGACCCUGGGCUACAACGGCGAGUCGUUGCCCAACGGAGGGCGGCUGGCCACCUGCGCCCUGAGGCCCAUGUACAUCUUCGGCGAAGAGUGCCGCUUCCUGCUCGGCCACAUGGCGGACGGCGUGCGCAACGGCGACGUGCUCUACCGGACGUCCCUGCCGGAGGCCAAGGUCAACCCGGUCUACGUGGGCAACGUGGCGACGGCCCACCUGCAGGCCGCCCGCAGCCUCCAGGACCCCGAGCGGCGGGCGCGCGUGGCUGGCAAGUUCUACUUCGUGUCCGACGACACGCCGCACGUAAGCUACUCUGACUUCAACUACGAGGUCAUGUCGCCGUUGGGCUUCAGCAUCCAGGACAAGAUGAUGGUGCCUCUGCGCCUGUUCUACGUUUUCUGCUUCCUGUGGGAGACGGCGUGCCUGAUGCUGCGGCCCUUCCGCCGGGUGGUGCCGUCCGUCAACCGGCAGCUGCUGACCAUGCUCAACACGCCCUUCAGCUUCUCCUACGACAAGGCCAAACGCGAGCUGGGCUACGCGCCCAAGUACACCUGGCAGCAGGCGCGCAGCAACACCACUCGCUGGCUGGCACAGCAGCUGCCCAAACAACGAGAGAAAGUAUGGACCAAGUAAAAAGUUUCAACAUGACUGCCUUGGCGGUCUGACUUCGAAUAUAAAAGCGAGCAAGUGCCAUUAGAUAACGUCAACGAAAGAAUGUUACAAAUGGAAAAAGAUUGACUUCAAACAUUAAAAGAACACAACACAGAAAAUGA